CCAAAACCUGAGAGGAUGGCUUCAGAUGAAGCAUCUCCAUUGCCAGGACCAGAUAUGACCAUGACACAUGGUGCCACCCUGUCUCAUUUCUCUGAACUUCCCUUCCCCCCACCUGCUCCUGGCCCACCAGACCAACCACCCUGGGAGCCACCUCCACAGCCCCCUGUGCCUGUAGCCUUCUCUCCAGGCACCCCUGUGAUGCUCUCUGCUCUCCCCAGCCCAUUGCUGGUGACAGGGGAUGCGGGUUCUGGCCCCAGUGGGGCUGGAGCUGGCAAAGUUAUUGUCAAAGUCAAGACAGAAGGAGGGCCAGCUGAGCUGUCUCAAACCCAGAGCUUUCUUCUUACUCAGACAGCCCUCAAUUGGCUUACUUCAGACACUCCCUGCAGGGGCCCUAAGGAUACUCCCCCUCAAUUUGUGGCAGCCUCUAAUGUGAAGACCCUUCUGUCCACUAAGGCUGUUGGGAGGAUCCAGGAGGGCCUCCCAGGCCUGCCUGGUCAGGCUCCACCACCAGCUGCCCAGCUGGCCCCCACUGUGCCCCGGGAAAAGGCUUGGCCAGGGCCACAAGCUGCUGAGGAAGGAAGCCCUGCAUCUGCCUGGCCCAAGCUGUCACUGGGUGACCUCUGCUAUACCUCCAAGGGUGUUUAUGAGAAUUUCCGUAGCUGGCAGAGCUACAAAGCCUUGGCUCGGAGGCACUUACCCCAAAGUCCUGAUACAGAAGCACUUUCCUGCUUUCUUAUCCCAGUGCUUCGGUCCCUGACUCGGCUGAAGCCCACUGUGACCCUGGAGGAGGGACUGUCAAGGGCUGUUUGGGAGUGGGAGCACACCAGCAACUAUGACCGGAUCAUCUUUUAUGACAUGGCAGAAAAGUUCAUGGAGUUUGAGGCCGAGGAGGAGAUGUAGAUACAGAACACACAACUGAUGAAUGGGUCCCAGGGCCCACCUCCUACCACACCUCUGAAACUUGACCCUCCAGGGCCCCUGGCCCCUGAGGUUUCCCAGCAGCCAUUGUACAUUCCCAAGACAACCGCCAAAGCACGGGCCCCCCACCGGCGGCAGCGCAAAACCGUGAAGCCUCCAGCUCCCAAGGCACCCAAGGAGAUCCCCCCAGAAGCUGUCAAAGAGUAUGCUGACAUCAUGGAAGGGCUGGUGAGGAGUCACCUGGCCACUGGGGAGUCAGAUGGAGAACAGGAAAAGGAAGAACAGCAGCAGGAGGAUGGGAUGUAUCCAGAUCCAGGUCUCUUGAGCUAUAUUGAUGAGCUUUGUUCUCAGGAGGCCUUUGUCUCCAAGGUGGAGGGUGUCAUUCAUCCUCGAUUUCUGGAAGAUCUCCUGUCCCCAGAACAAGAGAGGGAUCCGUUGGCCUUAAUUGAGGAGCUGGAGCAAGAAGAAGAAUUCAGUCUUGAUGAGCUGGUCCAGAAGCGACUCCUGGCGUUGGAAGAGGAGGUUGCAGAGGCACCUCCAAGUUGCAGUGGAGCUCAAUCAGACUCAAGCCCUUCUGUUUCUGAUGAGGACGAAGAUGGGGGUGGGCAGCUUUGGCCCUCACCUGGGCCUAGGGUGGCUGGGGGUACUGUUCGUCUUGGAAAGCCUGCCUCUCCAGGGAAGAGGGCAAGAGAUGUGCAUGGUGGGCAGGAGCAGGCCCUAGACAGCCUGAGGGGGGUGCACAGGGAUGGGCACACUCUGCCAGCUUCCAGCAGCUGGGACCUGCAGCUAGAACUUGCAGGUCCACAGGGAACUCAAGGGCCCGUAGGUAGGGAGAGAAGAGGGCCUGGGGAAGUUACAAACCAGAUAUCCCAUCAAAAUGACCACCUGGGAGGUGCUGCGUCCCCUGGGCACUCCCAGGUGGCUGACAGGACUUCCAUGGCUCUGCUCCUUUGCUGGCAGGAAGAUCCCCAGCUCGAGAGAGUUCCCAGUUUGGACGCUGGGGUUGCAGAGCUGGUUCCUAUGCAAGGACAGGCGUUCAAAAAGCAGGUCCUUGAGUUGCAGACAGGACAACAGACAGUGGGUCUUGGAGUGCCUCCCCAAGGGAAGGAGCCAUUAGCAGUGUCCCAGGAAGGCUCUUCAGGAGCCAUGUGGGGAGAUGACAGAGGUUCUCCCAUGGUUCAGAGUUGUGAUCCCAACACUUCCUCUAGAGCAGCUGGGGAUGGAGACAGGGAUGGGGAAGGGGCCUCUCUCAGUCCAGGACUUGGGCUGAGCAGUGAGAUGGAUUCUGUAGGCUUGGAGUUGCCCUUACAAAUCGAGGUCAUAGAGAAGCACAAUGUGGAAUGUGUAACUGAACAUGAGGGAGGCUGCCAGGCACUAGACUCUGGAAGCAACAUUUCUCUGGGUCCUGGAGAAGCCACACCACCUGGGGAUGUGGGGAACAGUACAACUCCCUGUGCAGGCACAGACACCACAGAUGUCCCAGAAAAGAAAAACUGCAGCUUGUCAGGACCUCUGAGGGCCAAUAGCCCAGCCUUGAGCCUUAAAAAAAAUGGAGAGCAGAGCCCUGAGACCAUAUGGGAUCCCAGUGAUCCAUGGGCUAAUGGAUUCUCCCCAUUGCUAAGCAGAAUUGGUGCCUCCACGCUGGGGGCUUCCAAAGAAACCCCUCGGCCUGCAUGUGAAGGCAAGAUCCUUAUUCUGGGGACUCAGGAUACCUCUUCCUUCCAGACCAGCCUGAAGGGAGGGAACAGAAGCAACUCCAUUUCUCCUCCGUUAGAAACCACAAAACACAUUAACAAACUAGAUAAUAAGCAUGUCUAUGGCUUCCAGCUUGAGGUCAGUGAGGACACUUGUCCACCAAAUCUUAAUUCUUGUGACCCUCAGGGAGAAGGCAGGGAAGACAGUGAUUUAUCCAAGCCUAAGGACCUAGUUCCCUUACCAGGGAAUCAACAGCCUUCUGCACCUGGGAACCCCAAGCCAACAUCUCCUCACAAGGGCCUUGGAAGCACUUCCCUUAGCUGGGAAACCAGGGAUGCCUUAGUUCUGAGCAAAGCCUCUCCUGCCAGUGAAACAAACAGUUCAGCAGAUGGGGCCAAAGGAAAGGAGGAGCAGCAGGAAGAGGAAGAUGAGGAACUCUCCACCUUUGCCUACCUCCUGGCUUCUAAACUUAGCCUGUCGCAGAGGCCUCUGCUCGGUCCUCACCCUGCCAUGGGCCUGCCUUCCACAGGUCGGGGGGUCCAGAGAGCAUCCCACUCCCACUCUGCUGAGAGAAGAGGCCUUGGCCAGCCUCCACGUCCUGUUGCCAAGUCUGGGAAGCGAGCUCUAGCUGGAGGUCCAGCCCUUACUGAAGAGAAACGCUACGUGAGAGCUGAGGCUGGGGUCUCAGGGGAGAAAUCCCAGGCUCCGGGAGGUGUUCAACCCUCACAGCCUUGUAAAAGGCAGUGUGACGCUUAUGGCACAGGCAGAAAGAAGAAACAAUGUAGGAAGUGGGACCAUCCUGUCCCACCUGCCAAACCCUCCAAGUAGAUUUUAACCCAGCUGCACACCAACAGGCUAGCUUUCCUCCGUUUUGUUGCUCUGUGAAAGGGGUGAGCAUGGGCUAGGUGAUCAGACUGUCUAGUUUGGAGGUAGUCACCUUGGUGGGAGAUAGGGAUAAGUACCUUUGGAGGAG